AUGAUUACCCAAACGGAUGCAUCUACACCAUCCAUCCCCUCAACGUCACCAUUGAGCACUGUCUUACAAUCCUCAGCAUCGCGGAAUAAACCCGUGCUAGGCGACAAAACCGUCAUCGGUUUCUCCGUCGGCAUCGGCCUAUCCGUGCUCAUCCUCGUAUCUGGAAUUGCAGCUUUCAUACGCAAGAAGCGUUCGCAAAUACACGACACGCAACAACACCAUCCAGAGGUUGUUAGUAGUCCGCUAUCAUCGCCAACAGGACUAGUGGAGAAGUACGGAUGCGACAGAAUGGAUAUAUGGGCAGCACCAACAAUAUCAGAAAUGGAAGGGAGAAUGAAGAGUUAUGAGUUGCAGAGCGAUAUACGGCAUGAGAUGCAGAGGGCAGAUUACGACAUGCUAGGGGGCAGAGGGCAUCAGUUGCAGGGGCCUGAAGCAGGGGGACAAAAGUAG